AUGUGUGGAGAAACCAACCGCCCAACAUUUGGAGGCACCAUUGCUGUCAUAUUCCCCCGAGACACACGUCCAAGGUCGAGUCUCUCGGAAGCAUCAUUAUCCUCGUCACCAGAAUCGGUAUCCUCAUUUGCAUCAUCAUCAUCAUCAUCAACUGGCUCAUUGUCAUCAUACUCUCUUUUCUUUCGCGAAACAGAUGCAUUAGACCGUAAGACGAAAGCAAUCUUUCGGACGGAAGAUGGAGAGACAUACACCGCACUCAGAAGAUGCCGAAAUGUGGAUAUACGCAUUGAAAAAUAUGGCGACCUCUCCGCUACGUCCCAUCCCAAUUCCCCGCUUCAUCAGUUCUGCCUGAAUAUGGAAAAUGACAAGAACACCAACACGACGAAUCCAAGGGAGUUUGAAUUCGAGCUGCCCGAGAGGCUGGACCUGGGCGUCUCGGAGAAGGGCGUCAUUGGCCGACAAGUGACAGUUAGAGAGCAAGGGGGGCCAAUUAUUGGAACUGGAGUGGUGGGAUACAAUUAA